UGUUUAUAUUCCAUACCUCUACAAAGAUGAUUCAAACUUUGGGUUUGCAUGCUUAAUUUCAUUUGUUGAAUCUUGGAAUCAAGAAACAAAAAAUGAACAAUGGCGCAAGUGCAACUUCUCCUCAUAAUUCAUUUCAAACUCAUUUUCUUGACAUCCAUGAAGUUUUACCUGAAGAUGAAGAAGAAGAAGGGGUGAUCAAAAUGGAAGAUAAUAAACUGACCAGCAGCAAAAAGGGUUUACAGAAGCCUGUUAAACUUCGAGAAUUAAAGAGGCCACAAAGGAGUUUUAACAGGCAAGUGUCAUUAGAGACUGGGUUUUCUGUUCUGGGCGUGGAGUCUAAAGCUAAAGAUGAAAAGAAGGUUCUUUGGAGAAGUGGUCGUAGUUUUGGAGGUUUUGAUUCUGCAAACAGGGUUGGUGCGGAGGCAAGGAAAGGAGACUUUAACAUCUUCAGGACCAAGUCGACUCUCAGUAAGCAGAAUUCCCUAUUGCCUACAAGAAAAGAGAAAGAAAUGGAGACUCAAAGAGCCGAAGGUGCCACUGGCCUUAACGAGCCUGUUAACAAAAGUGUUCCUGUUGGAAGAUACUUCGAUGCUCUUAGAGGACCUGAAUUAGACCAAGUCAAGGACUCUGAGGACAUUCUCCUUCCAAAAGAUGAGAUAUGGCCUUUUCUCCUUCGUUUCCCAAUUAAUUGCUUUGGUAUUUGUCUUGGACUUAGCAGCCAAGCUGUUCUAUGGCGUGCCCUAUCAACUAGUCCGGCUACCAAGUUUCUCCACGUUACACCAUUCAUCAAUCUUUCCCUCUGGUUAUUAGCGCUGGCAACGCUCAUCUCAGUCUCCGUCACCUACUUGCUCAAAUGCAUUCACUACUUUGAAGCUGUUAAAAGAGAAUACUUCCAUCCUGUCAGAGUCAAUUUCUUUUUUGCUCCAUGGGUUGUAUGCAUGUUCCUCGCCAUUGGUUUACCACCAAUGCUAGAACCUGCAAAACUACACCCUGCCAUUUGGUGUGCUUUCAUGGGACCUUAUUUCUUUCUCGAGCUCAAAAUUUAUGGUCAAUGGCUUUCUGGUGGUAAGAGACGUCUUUGUAAGGUGGCAAACCCAUCUUCCCAUCUUUCUGUAGUUGGAAACUUCGUUGGAGCAAUCUUAGCAUCAAAAGUAGGAUGGAUAGAAGCUGCCAAGUUCUUAUGGUCUAUUGGCUUUGCACAUUAUAUUGUGGUGUUUGUGACAUUGUAUCAAAGAUUACCAACAAGUGAAGCUUUGCCUAAAGAGUUACACCCUGUGUACUCCAUGUUUAUAGCAGCCCCAUCAGCUGCUAGUAUUGCUUGGGGAAGCAUUUAUAGUGAGUUUGAUGGCUGUUCCAGGACAUGCUUUUUCAUUGCUUUGUUCCUCUAUAUUUCACUAGUCGUGAGGAUCAACUUCUUCACAGGAUUCAGGUUCUCCGUAGCAUGGUGGUCAUACACCUUCCCGAUGACGACUGCGUCGGUAGCGACAAUCAAGUAUGCCGAGCAGGUUCCUUCUGUUUUAAGCAAAGGGCUUGCUCUCUGUCUUUCAUUCAUGUCAUCAACAAUGGUUUCUGUAUUAUUUGUGUCUACCCUUCUUCAUGCCUUCUUCUGGAACACAUUGUUUCCCAACGAUCUCGCCAUUGCUAUAACAAAGAAAAGACUUGUCAAAGAAAAGAAGCCCUUCAAAAAGGCUUAUGAUAUAAAACGCUGGACGAAGCAGGCCCUAACCAAGAACAACUCUGGGGACAAAGAAUUCAAUGGAGAGAAUAAAGUAGUCUAGCAGGAGAUAGAGGGCACUGCAGUCCAGAUGCUGGGAUUUGACCGUUAUUAUCCCAUAUUUUAUUGGAAUCAAGUAUGAAAUGUAAACAAUCAAAUAGUUCAAGGAUGACAAUAUAUUUUAGUCAGUUCUACAGAUAAUACUUUGUCAUUUCAUAAAUAUUUAUGGCUUUAGUGAUGCCAUAUAGCCAAGGUUUUGUGAAGAAACUCAGUAAUUAGUUUGCAA